UUCAAUAAACAGUAAUAGAGUUACAGAGUAAGCAAGGUUAAACGUUGCUGCCAGUAGGCCAACAGAGACGCUAACACACACUUCCAAUGAGAGGGAUCUUUUUCCACAUUUGCUUGCUGUCUGUUGGCCAGGCACCAAACUUUCAUAUUCAUAUGAGUAUAAAAAGCAACCAAAAAAAUAUUCCUGCAGGGACUAUUAAAGCGUCGUUUUUAGUAACAGGACUUCAUAAAUCAUGGUGAUGUCCUCAAUUCCAGGAUCUACGAGUGCCUGGCGCUGCUCCCCCUGCAAUCAGAUCCAGAGGGUUUGUGCAUACAGGUUCCACAUGUGUUAUAUACAAGGACACCCACCCCGUCCUGUCCCAUUUUAUGGUGGAAAAGCUCUGAAAUGGGGAUUUAAUAUCAUCUAAAAUUUAAUCUGAAGCCCUGUAUUUAAAUGACAUUCUUGGGAAAGUAGUCACCUCCUUAAAUUUCCAUUGCUGUUGUAAACUAUAGCUGCCAAAACCAGGGAAGAAAAAUGGAAGAAAGAAAGAGCAUUGUAUUACCAUUGAUACUGCUAAUUUAUAUAAUUUACGUGCAGAAAAUCCUCCUCCUCUCAAAGAUUUAAUGGGAAAGCUCUGAAGAGUCCCUAUAUUAGCAAGGCUUUAUUAAGGAUAGAGAAUAUGUAACAUGGUAUUUACUGCUUUGCUACUACACAUUAUCAAAAGCACUGAACACAACGUAUAAUUUAAACCAAUAGCAAAGUUCUCAUUGAUAUCUUUGACAGCAGCUUUAUCCUCCCAUUUACUUGAAGCGCUCAUCUGCAGUGGGUGUUUCAGUUAUUUAUUAUAAUUAACUAAAUCCCACUGUAUUAUGUUAAAAAGUACAUCUGGUAAAUCCCAAAGGGCCUGCUAGAAUCACAGAAUCAUUAAGGCUGGAAAAGACCUCCGAGAUCCUCCAGCCCACCCUCACCGUGCCCACUGACCACGUCUCCACUGCUCUGGAACACCUCCAAGGGCAGUGACCCCACCACUCCCUGUGCAGCCUGUGCCAAUAAAGAUGGAAUGGCAGCAAUCUGAAGAGACAAACAAGAAGCCCUCUCAGAAAUCGGUGCAACACUCUGUGAGGGAGAAGAGAUCUCACCCAACAGCAAAGUCGAGCCAGAAGCACACGUGGUGGCCUUGAGGACACGUGAGGUGGACCUACAGGAGACGUUCAGUGAGAAGGUUCAAAGCAGGUAGUACAGAGGGGCAACAGAGAAUGAGGCAGAGCAGGAGGGCACCCUGCAGUCACUCUUAAGGACUAGAGAGGGAAGCUCAAAAACUUGUUCUGGAUGAAAAUGGCAGAGUCACAGCAAUGAGGCAUACUGAGUAGCAAAGAGCUGCUGCUUGGAUAUCUGAAUUCACAAAGGCAAUGCUCAAUCAUGCUCCCAGGCCAGCCCUUGGCUGUGUUCUUUGGCCUAGUCAGUUGCCAGGGAUGCUGGCUGCAGAGAGCUGCUGGGCUGGUGCUACACAAGGAGGCUCAGAGUGCUCCACUGGUACCUGGCUGCAGAUCAGGAUAAAGCUUGUCCACAACUCAUUUCAGUGCAGACAAAUCAUUUAAAUCAGUUAACUUGUUCUACUAAAACCUGCACAAUCAUGAAAGGAUGGUGCUUUCUUAUAUCUGGGUUCCAAAUAGCAAAAAUUCUUCUUGAGUUGGUAACUCCAUUAAGCUUCUUCCUUUCCAUUACAGGUACAAGAACGUAAAAACAACAACAAAACAAAGGUUGAGGUACAACCAGAAAUUCAAAUUUGUUCAAUCACAGAAUCCUAUCAAAGAACGAUGUCAUAUCAACCCCAGUGAACAAAGAAAUAUCACUGCCCCAGCUCUUAAUUUCAAAGACAACUGACCUAUGCUGUAGCUGAAGAAAUAAAAGAGAACACACUGCUACUGCGUAUGAAAAAUGAGUAGCAAAACGGAGGAUAAUAGCAAUUCACCUCUUCAAUUUAUGUCAUUUAAGCUGGGUUUUGAGGAAAAACAACCUCUAGGACUGUCCUCUGUUAGUCCCCUCAGAAUAUUUAUGCACUAUUGACUGAGUUGAGCCACAUUCGAGAGAGGUAGAGAUCUCAACAAUAGCAAGUUCACAAGGAUUUCACGAAAUUAAACAGGGAAGGAUGUAACAGAAAAAUCAGAUACAUCAUCAGGUGCCGAGAGACCCACCAAGGUCACAGCAGGAAGAGUAGCUCCAUCCUCAGCUGAGCACGGGCCUAACUUAGCAUCACCAAGCACGAAAUGCAGACUCCUGUCACCUUCACGGGCAUGGUGAUCAAUCAGCAGUGUCCCCACGGGUGGCUCGCCCGAGGCACGCUGAACAGCACAGAUCAAUCACCUGUCCCUCCGCCUUCCAGGGCUGCUCCUCCUGCUCACAUUCAGCUUUGGCCCCCACACUGGGCAGUCUGUCAGCCCUCGCUGCCAGCCACGCCGAGUGCCAACAACAGCCUGUUCUGUGAGCAGCACGUAACUCAUCUCACUUGGACUGAGAUAUUCCGGCUGCCGAACAAAAAUAUUUUCUCCUACUUUGUUGGUUUUCUACGCUGCUGUUGUAAAAGAACGCAACUAUAUCCCAAAACAAUGGAACAGGAAAAAUCUGUAAGAAAAGGCAGUAAUUUAUAUUGAAUUAGUUAAUACAGAGAAACCUUGAUAUAGGAAAAGCACAAAAGCAUUGUGCACACAGUGUGCUUGUCAAGGCAUUAUCAAUAUGCUGUUCAACAAAAGGUUUUCCCCUGGAACUAACGUAAAAAUCAUUGUUUAAUAUUUGCAUUACAGGGCAGACAGUCCAGAUUAGGAGCCUCCAGUUUGUUAGUUUUGAGUCCUAAGAGUCGGAGCUACUUUACAUCAGUGCUCCCCUCGUCUUUCUGGUGUACUUGAAGUGUUAGAAGUGGCAUCUUUCUGCUUUCUUUUUAAUGCGUUAAAUAUAGCUUAGAUUUUUAAUUGCAGCCUGACAGGACUCCCAAGCACAGUUAGUACACUCAGGGCACAAAAAGACACUUUGCUGCUUUCUGAGUCAACAAACCCAGCCGCUGGCUGCUCCCAGCAGCACGGUGCCAGCUCCGCUCAUGGGAUGAAGCCUUUGUGCUGGGAUUAGUGGUGCUGAGCAGCCCAGGGACAACAACACGCAGGUCAGCUCUGCGCUCCUUCCCCGUUAUUCCGCAGCAGCCUGCUGCUCGUGCUACUUUAACAGGCUGCUCAAGUGCAAGAAGUGCUACUGCUAGACAUCUGUUGGAUCAACCAAUGCUAUUUUGAAAUUUGGAGUACAUUUUGGAUACAUUUUCUUGAGGUUUGGAGUGGUACGAUCAGAGAAGCUGGACCCCAAGACAGAGCAUCAGGUGAACUUUUCAGCUGGAAAGCUGGGAAACACUGAUCCCAAAGCAAGCAGCCAUGGAUUUCCCCAGGUUUACAGAGCCCGCGUGACCAGUCAGUACAAAGUUCCCACUCCACUCUAAUGUGGUUUUGCUGGGAGUGGCACAUGUAAGAGAAAUGGAGUUUCUAAACUCUUCUCCAGAGAGCCACUACAUUUCAGAAUUACUUGAUGGCAGUGAUGGUGAGGAAGAGGAGAUACUGGUGUACGGAGAAGAUUUAGAGCUCAACCCUUUCGACGGCUUGCCUUACUCCUCCCGUUACUAUAAGCUUAUGAAAGAAAGACAAGAACUGCCAGUAUGGAAAGUGAGAUGUGCCUUUAUGGAAAGUUUGCUUCAUCAUCAGAUUGUGAUUGUGUCGGGAGAUGCAAAGACUGGAAAGAGCUCCCAGGUCCCGCAGUGGUGUGCCGAGCACUGCCUGGCCGCCGGCUGCCGGCACGGCGCGGCGGUGUGCUCCCAGGCCCGCGGGCAGGCGGCGGUGCGGCUGGCCCUGCGUGCAGCCGAUGAGAUGGACGUCAACGUGGGCCACGAGGUGGGGUACUUUGUCCCGUUUGAGAGCUGCUGUACGACGGAAACCAUCCUCAGAUACUGUACAGAUGAUAUGCUGCAGAGGGAAAUGAUGUCUGCUCCUCUUCUGAACUCUUACGGAGUUAUCAUUCUGGAUGACGUGCAUGAAAGAACUGUUCCCACCGAUGUGCUGCUUGGCGUUCUUAAACACGUCUUGAGAGCACGACCAGCCCUGAGGCUGGUGAUACUCACUGCCCCCCACAUGUCCAGCAAGCUGCAGGACUUCUGCGGCAGCGUUCCCCUCAUCCGGGUGGAAAACGAGCACCAGGCAGAAGUGGUGUACUCCUGCAGCAUGCCAAAGGACCAUUUUCUGUCUGCACUGAGGCUGCUCUUCGAGCUACACCAUACAAAGGAGAAGGGUGACAUCAUCAUCUUCCUGGCAUGCGAGCAAGAGAUUGAUAAAGCCUACCAAAUGAUCAGACAGGAACAGUCUAAUUCAAAUCCUGACCUCGGAGAGCUCAUCCCAGUUCCUUUAUACCCCACAAAGAACGACUUAAUUACCAAACCAAACCAAGACAAACAGAAAUGCUACCAGAAAUACAGAAGAAAAGUGCUACUUACCACAAGCUUUGGAGAAUCUUUGAUUUGGAUUAAAAACAUAACCUUUGUCAUUGACGUUGGUGUGGAAAGAAGAAAGGUGUACAAUCCUAGAAUCAGAGCAGACUCUGUUAUAACACAGCCAAUCAGCAAAGCCCAAGCAGAGAUGCACAGACAAAUUCUGAGCACAUCUCCAUCAGGGAAGCUCUUCUGCUUGUAUCCUGAAGAAUUUACGUACAAAGAAAUGAAAACAGAUUUCCCAGCCAAAAUACAGGAAUCCAACCUAACCAGCAUGGUUCUCUUCCUGAAGAGGAUGGAUAUAGCCGGCUUCAGACACUGCGACUUCCUAAGCAGGCCAGCUCCUGAAAACCUGAUGCAAGCCUUGGAGGACCUCGAUUACCUAGCAGCCCUGGAUAAUGAAGGAAACCUCUCCGAAUUUGGAAUCAUUAUGUCAGAAUUUCCCCUGGAUCCACAGCUGUCAAAAUCAAUUCUGGCUUCUUGUGAAUUUGAGUGUGUUGAUGAAAUGCUCACCAUCGCAGCCAUGGUAACAGCUCCUAAUUGCUUCCUGCACGCACCUUCUGGAACAGAAGAGAUUGCUCUUACUUGCUGGCGAAAAUUCUCACAUCCUGCAGGAGAUCACUUCACUCUCAUCAAUGUCUUCAACGCCUUCAGGGAAGCCAGCACAAACUCCGCAGGCCAGUACUGUGGUAAUGAAAGAUGGUGCCGUAAUUAUUUUCUAAGCUGUUCUGCACUGAGGACGGCAGAAGUCAUCAGAGCUGAACUAGUAGAGAUUAUGAAGCGCAUUGAACUUCCCAUUUCAGAACCGGACUUUGGAUCACAAGAAAAUAUACUAAGCAUUAAGAAAGCUCUCUUAUCUGGUUACUUUAUGCAAAUUGCUCGUGACGUAGAUGGCUCAGGCAACUACUUAAUGCUAACACACAGACAAGUAGCCCAGCUUCAUCCUUUCUCAUCCUAUUACAACACCAGGAGGAUUCCCGAGUGGGUUUUAUUCCACGAGUUUAGCAUCUCAGAGGACAAUUCCAUCAGAGUCGUCUCUGAAAUAUCACCCCAUCUGUUCGUGGAGCUGGCACCUCAGUAUUAUUUUAGCAAUCUUCCUCCUAGUGAAAGUAAGGAUAUUCUGCAGGAAGCGAUCAAUCACUUGUCACCUGUUUCAACCAUCAAGGAGAAACAGAAAACUACCAAUGACAACAAAGAAAAUGAAAAAUAUCCCCAAACUCCCACUGAACACAGAUGCAUUAUUCAGUGAUUUUAGACUGAAAUAUCAUAGAUUCAAUAAAUAUGAAUAGAAACAGGACGUGCUGUAUGCAUUCCCAUCUUAACUCAGGUAAU